GGGAAGCUGGGUCUGUUUACGUGAAUUGUGCAGUACAAAAAAGUACUGCCCAGCUUUGCACCAUCAAACAUUAGCGGACAGUCCUCAGGGUAAAAAGCACAGCCAAGAACUAUGUAAACUCCGUUGAAGGAAGAAAAGGCAGCGUAUUAUUUUGGACAGACUGCAUAUCCUUCGAGCGGCAAACACAUCAUCUGCAGAGCAUGAACUCAAAUACUGAAGACCUGGAUGUGAUCUUGGAAUUUUUAGAAGAACAGCAGCACCUUUUUGCGUGCUGUCAGGGCCAUGACUUCAGACCAGAUUAUUUAAACCCAAAUGUGUCACCACCAGACCAGAAAUUUAAUGCACACGUUGAUGGAUUUCUUCCAGUAAACAACUAUGGAGCUGAAAGGUAUGGGAACAGCAAGUUGACUAGUCCAAAGUAUACACAGAUCCCUGCCUCAUAUCCAAACGUCCUAAUCAAAGAUGAGCCUUCGGACUGCAGAAAGUUCUACCACAACAGAAAAGAAAGCAAAAGAAAGAAGAUGCGCCUGUUCCAAUUUGUUUUCGAGAUGUUGGAGAAUCCCAACAUGAGACACUGUAUCUACUGGGUGCAGCCUUCAACGGGAGUCUUCCAGUUUUCUUCAAAAAAUAAAGAAGAAUUGGCCAAAAUGUGGGGACUCAGAAAAGGCAACAGAAAAGUUAUGACAUACCAGAAAAUGGCACGGGCACUUAGGAACUAUUCCAGAACAGGGGAAAUCAAAAAAGUGAAAAGGAAAUUGACCUAUCAAUUUGGUGACCAUGUUCUGAAAUCUCUUGGGGAGGCAUUACAGACCUACAGCUAUGAGUAAAAUAAAAAUAUGAGUACAGCUUUGUAUUUCAUGGUUUCUUAUUAAAUUAAUGUGACAAAAUACAUAAUGUACAAUAAAUAAAGAAAACAGUGAUUUUGUGGCUUUAAAUAAAAAGCUGUUAAAUAA